ACAACUUUGUCGGGGAAAAAGAAGCUCCAAGAAAUUGAAAACACAAGUAAAAUCAACUAGUUUCUUAUUCGACAUUCAGGGAUCUGCAUUCUAGGGUUCUUCUUUCUGGUGUCUCUAUCAAACCAAAGCUUUUGAAGAUGGAUAACAUGCGCAGCUUUUGGCAGCUUGGGGAUGAGCUCCGGGGACAAUCGAAAGCCUCAGAGGAUCAGAAGUGGUUCAUGGCUGCAUCGAAACUUGCUGACCAGACUAGAUCCAAGGGAGAACGUUCGAACAAUCUUGAUCUAUCAAAGGGUCCAGUUGAAAUUAGGCCAAGGGAGAAAUUUGGGUUUCAAGAGGAGAACAAGUUUGAGACUCUUAACUUCAAUAUGUUAAACUCCGAGCUCAAGUUCAAUGCUAAUGUUUUUAGCCAGAAACACUUGGCUGGAGGUAAAUUUAGCUACAAUCACUUCACCAGCAGAGAAGGCAACAAUGGUGGUAACAACUUUAGCGGCACUCACAGCAAUGACUCUCUGAAUGUUGCUGCUGAUAAAAGGUUCAAGACCUUGCCUGCCACGGAGUGUCUCCCAAAGAGUGAAGUGCUUGGGGGAUACAUCUUUGUUUGCAACAACGACACAAUGCUGGAAGAUCUGAAGCGCCAGCUCUUUGGUUUGCCUCCGAGAUAUAGAGACUCCGUCAGGACGAUAACACCAGGCCUGCCUCUGUUUCUCUACAACUACACAACUCAUCAGUUGCAUGGGAUUUUUGAGGCGACAACCUUUGGAGGUUCAAACAUUGACCCAACUGCUUGGGAGGAUAAGAAAUGCAAAGGAGAAUCCAGAUUCCCUGCACAGGUGAGAAUCCGUGUAAGGAAAGUGUGCAAAGCUUUGGAAGAGGAUGCUUUCAGGCCAGUUUUGCACCACUAUGAUGGUCCCAAGUUUCGACUCGAGCUCACCAUUCCUGAGACAUUGGCUCUGUUAGAUCUCUGUGAGCAAGCAGAUUCUCCCUAAGCUCGAAGCCUUGCAAUUCCCAUUUACACCGGGGACUUGGUGAGCCGGUGGCGUCUGCUUAUUCCAAGGCUUCAAGUGUGUAUUUGUAUGUGUGAUUUCUACAUUAAAGUAGAAAUUAAGAGUGUAUCACUGGAGAAUAAACCAUGAUUGUGAAAGAUUAAUGUAUGAUAAAUG